AUGUCUUCGAUGAGAAGUGAAGAAGACGACAUCGAAAAAGCCACGGGUGAAGUAAGAGAUCUCGAAGAUGAGAUAAUGAGAAAGACGAGUUUGCUUCAACGAUUUACCCAAGCUCUCUUUGCGUUUAAUACUCCUGACAGUUCGACAGAAGAAGAGCCUCACGUUUCUGAAGUCAAAGAUGAAAAACCAAUUGUAAAACCUGGAAGUGGUAAGUUGAAUCAUUCUUUCUUUUCUGAUUUAUCUGGUCCCCUGAUCACACACAUUUUCAUACUUACAAAUUAACAAAGGUAGUGAGAUCUAUGUAGCAAAAUAUCUGAGUAAAGGGUUUUGAGGGGAGCUGCUGGAGGGGGACGGGGGCGCAUCCCUACGUACGGGCAUACAACAGUCAGAUUUCUUGCAACAAAUGCUGCACGCGGCCACAAGCCUACAAUGUGAGGUAAUCAGAAAACAUGCACUAGUUCACCUAACAUGCACAACUAUAAAAUAGGCCAUUUCCUAGUUCUAAAAACUCUCACUUUGAAAACGAGACUUUAACCCAGUUCAAACGUCGAUCUUUUCAUGUACUGAACUUAAUACCUAUCUAUUUAGGUCGACCCAAAUCGUAAUACAAGUUCGACGGUUGAUUCAGACGUCGAACUUUAUUAGUCGGACUCAAUUCAUUUUCGAGAUGCUCAAUGGUCUAAAAUGCUACAAGAGAAAUUAAAUUUUGUAAUUUAUGUUGUUUUCAUUCUUUUUAAAGACCUGAUUGAACAUGUGAAAAGGCUCGACAGCGAUCGAAAACAGAGUCUCGUCUUACGUGUGAUAAACGGGCUCAUUCAUAAGACACAACAUGAAAGCCAACUCCAAGAGUCUGUAGUUUCCACAAACGGAGGACACACUGAACUCGACAAUUCAAGCACGGAAAGUUUUGAAACUGAUAAUUUCAGCGACAGGUAAGCUUAAGAAAACACUUUUCACUGUUAGUAGUACAGUGACGCUCAGAGCGGUGACGCUGUAACAUAUAAAUGCAGCCAAUGGAAAGAGUGCAUGUCUCACCGUAAAACGUGAAUGUCGAACUUUUCAUCAGUGAGUUAAGUUCAUGAAAAAUUCGACAUCUGGCUCAGUUAAGUUCGUCUGAACGAGUUUGGAUCGUCCACCACGCGGCCGUCUGCUUCAGACGGAUAGAACGUCUGAAGAUGGUCUCCGAGACAAUCGUCGAUCUUCUCAUGCGACGAACCAAAGUAAUAAAUUAAAAAUUGUCUGAUAAUGUCUAUGUUGUGGUUCAAUUUUAUCCUUGGUUUAAAUUUUACUUCCCUUUGUUUUAAACUCAUUAUCAUACAUUAUUAUACCCGAAAACAAAGGGAAAUAGACUGUAACCAAGGAUAAAAUUGAACACCAAUAUAUAUUUAACAUCGUUCGGGAGAGAAUUUAAUAUUAAAAUUCCUAUUUUGGUCUAAUUCAGUUGAUUGGUUCGAUGCGUCCUAAGUUCGACGUUUGACCCAACAGACGAUCGUAACUUAAUUUAGAUCGACCCAAAUUAGAGUUUGGUUCAUCUCAUGAAAAGUUCGACGUCUGUUGGCUUAGAUCUAACUGCGAUGAUCUUCUUUCACUCCGCAGUUCCUAUAUAUGAUUUUCAUGAUAUACUCAUCAUAUUCGGCUUAAUCAAUAUCAGUAUGAUAAACGACUUAUUGUAUGACGAAAACCUUUUUAUCCCUUCUGGCAAAAAGCUGGGGAGGUUUAGCGGGAAAAUAGGCCCAUCUCCCCAUCUCAGCCAGCCUAAAACAGCACAUUAUAGUCCGUCUUUUUUUGCCGGUUUAAUUUUGCAGCCAACUCGACAGCAGUGAAACCGGGGAAACGGAAAUAAUGGAAGAACACGAAGCUGACUCGGAAGUUUCAGGAAAUGAUGAGUUACAUGGAGCUACCACAAAGAAGGAACGACGGCGGAAAAAAGGCAUUUCGAUGUUUUAUGGAGGUUUUAAUACGCAUGGAAUAUACAACUCUGGAUACCAAGACGAUCAAACCUACGGAAUUGAGAGGGGAGUGGCAUCCGAGAAAGAAGCCACUGACGCUCUUAAUAGGUCCGAGAUAAUUUCCGACCAUUUUAAUGAAGAAAUGAAAACGAUUGCGCAGUCAGAUACAAUUCCUGACCCUGUCUACAAGGAAAAUUACUCCAUUAAAGGUUGUGACCAAGUGCUUGAAUUUCCUGAAAUGGGAGUUGUGUCAUUAGCGAAGACAGAAAGUGAGAAGAAAGUAGUUUUUGUUGACGACGAGCACGGAUCUGAGAAGGAGACAGCAGAGGAUGGUUCCAACGAUAUAACUGAUAAACCAACGCCAGCUACGAGUUCCACGAAAAGAAAACAAAAGACUAUAAAAGACUGGUUAAAGAAUCCUCGCGUUUACAAGGUAAUCUAA